CAAUAAAGAAACACCUCUCUUUCUCUCCACUUUUCUCGUAAGUCUCAGCUCUUCUUGGAUUUUGAGCUUUCACUACUACACUCUACAGUACUUGUACUACUACUACUGCUGCACCUUUCAUCUAGUUCAAACUCCAACUUGAACGCUCCCAUCGCUGUGUUUUCUUCUUCUUCCAUGUUAGCUUGAUCAUAAGCUUUGUUGUCGUUUCACGAUGAGAGAAGAAAACCCAUCAGAGACCAGAGCUAAAUCUUCGAAAUUCAGUGACCAAAACCAGCCACCACCUAAGGGUCAUCAAAAUUCUCACAAUGCCAAAACCAAUAGUAAUUCGUCGAAACUACGGUCUGCUUCUUCAUGGGGUUCUCAGAUUGUCAAGAAUUUCGCCGGAGAAAGGAAGAGCAGGCUUCAGACGACCAGUGUUGGGCAGAAGAAACAGCCACUGGCGAGCUCAGACACGGCGAGCCAGAAGAACCCAGUUGGGCCGGCGGCUCAGUCGAGAGUCAAGAGGUCGCUGAUUGGAGACUUGGCUUGUUCCGUCAACGGCAGCCAAGUUCAUCCGCAAUCGUUUCAGACCCAUCGGAGACAGUCGUCCCGGGACUUGUUUACUGAGCUUGACCACCUGAGAAGCUUGCUCCAAGAAUCUAAGGAGAGGGAGUUCAAAUUACAGGCCGAGUUAACGGAGUGGAAGAGAAAUCCGAGAGUUUUGGAGCUAGAGAGAGAGGUGGAGGUGAAAAGGAGUGAACUAGAUGGUCUUUCUAGGAGAUUUCAGUUACUGGAAGAAGAAAAGGCCACCCUUUCCGAGCAAAUACCAAUUUUGGCGACUUCCAUUUCGGAGAGGGAAAGGAAUGAAGACUUGAAUAAGAGAGAAGAGAAUGAGAGUUUGAGGGAACAGGGAUUGUCCCAGAGUAUGGAAAUGGAAGUUGUCGAAUUGCGGCGGCUGAACAAGGAGUUGCAGCUUCAGAAGAGAAGCCUUGCUUGUAGGCUUUCUUCUGUUGAAUCCCAGUUAGCUUCUCUAGCAAAGUCAUCUGAGAGUGACAUUGUUGCAAAUAUCAAAGCUGAGGCUUCUUUAUUAAGACACACAAAUGAAGAUUUGUGUAAACAAGUUGAAGGUUUACAGUUGAACAGAUUGAAUGAGGUUGAGGAGCUAGCCUAUCUGAGAUGGGUGAAUUCAUGUUUACGAAAUGAACUGCGCAAUUCAUGUUCAACAAUGAAUGCUAACAAGUUGUCAAGCCCCAGUUCAGUAGAAUCAGGGGGUGGUGAUUCUUUUGGUUCAUUGUCUGGUCAAAGUAACGAGUACUUAGAAUAUAGUAGUGCAAAGAGAUUAAAUUUAAUCAAGAAGCUAAAGAAGUGGCCUCUGACUGACGAGGAUUUGUCUAGCUCGGAGAGCCCAGAUGAAUUGUUGGAGAAAAAUUGGGUUGAUGAGGAAAGAAGAAGUCCAAUGAGAAGGCAUUCAAUCAGUGGAUCCAAAUUUAGUACAGAGGAGUUAAUGCUCAAUAAAAGAAGGCAAUCUGAUGGUUUUAUGUGUGCAACAGAGAUGGAAAAGGAAGCAGAGCCAAUAGCUUCUCAGAAAUUUGACUUGGAAAUGGCUCAUAGAUCCCCAUUCUAUGGAAAUUGCCAUGAAGCAGUUAAGUUUUCAACUUCCUUAGAUAUUGAGAAAAGAGCUUUGCGCAUUCCAAAUCCCCCUCCAAGGCCUUCUUGCUCCAUUUCUAGCCAAACCAAAGAAGAAGCUGGUUCUGCACAAAUGCCGCCACCACGACCUCCCCCUCCACCACCUCCACCAAAGUUUGCUGCGAGGAGUACCACAGGAACCUUUCAGCGAGCUCCACAAGUAGUCGAGUUUUAUCAUUCACUAAUGAAGAGAGAUUCUAGGAAGGAUUCUUCAAAUGGAGGGAUAUGUGAUGUUCCAAAUGUUGCCAAUGCUCGGAGCAGCAUGAUUGGUGAAAUUGAGAACCGGUCAUCACAUUUACUUGCAAUAAAGGCUGACAUUGAGACACAGGGAGAGUUUGUGAAUUCGUUAAUAAGAGAGGUGAAUGAUGCAGUUUUUCAGAACGUUGAAGAUGUGGUGGCAUUUGUGAAGUGGCUUGACGAUGAACUUUGCUUUCUUGUGGAUGAGAGGGCAGUUCUAAAGCACUUUGCUUGGCCGGAAAGGAAAGCUGACACAAUGAGAGAAGCAGCAUUUGGGUAUAAAGAUAUCAAGAGAUUAGAGUCUGAAGUGUCUUCUUACAAAGAUGAUCAUCGAUUGCCUUGUGACAUCGCCUUAAAGAAAAUGGUGGCACUGUCUGAGAAGAUGGAACGUACAGUUUAUAAUCUUGUUCGAACAAGAGAGUCUUUGAUGCGUAACUGCAAGGAGUUUCAAAUACCAGCAGACUGGAUGCUGGAUAAUGGCAUUAUAAGCAAGAUCAAGUUUGGGUCUGUCAAGUUGGCAAAAAUGUACAUGAAGAGGGUUGCUAUGGAACUUCAGUCAAAAGCAGCAUUGGAAAAGGAUCCUGCAAUGGACUACAUGUUACUCCAGGGAGUGAGAUUUGCUUUCAGAAUACAUCAGUUUGCUGGAGGAUUUGAUGCAGAAACAAUGCAUGCAUUCGAGGAGCUUCGCAACCUUGCUAAUCUUCUUAAUAAGAAGUAAAUGCUCGAAGAAUCAUAUGGUGCACACUAUAAGAAUCUUCUCAGUGACCUUGUAAGAAAGAAAACAUGUAUACAAUCAUACUCUGUUAUAUGGUCUCAAAGCAAGUCUUUUGGAUUGAAGACCGAAGUUUUGGCUGUUCAAAAA